AUGCGUUUCAAUUCCACUUUAAGCCUGGCCAUGCUGGCCAGUGCCACAGCUGCUCAAUUGACAACCCAACUAUUCAACUUCACCAGCUCAAUCAAUAUUGAGAACAGUCAGCUGCGUCCUAACGGCCACCUCCUCCUCACAACCUUCUACCAAGCCCAACUCUACACAAUCAACCCACAGGCCCGCAAUCCCAAAGCCGAGCUAGUCGCCUCGCUUCCCGGCGCCACAGCACUAACCGGAAUUGCACCCGUCGGUCACGACAAAUAUGCCGUUGUAGGCGGGGUACGGGGCUCAUACCACUACGACAACGAAACCAUCUACACAGUCGACUUUAGCAAAAAUUCCACAAACCCCACCAUCAAGAUCGUCGCCUACGUUCCCGAUGCCGAUAUGCUAAACGGCAUGGCUUCAAUGCCGUCCCAGCCGCAUAUCCUCCUAAUCGCAGAUGCACGAUUGGGAUCUAUUUUCCGCGUCGAUACAACCACCGGUGCCUCGAAGGUUGUGUUGAAGGACGAUGCUCUUGCAGCGCCUGCGAACGCAUCUAUUCCCAUUGGCAUCAAUGGCUUGCAGGUUGUUGGAAAUAAUGUGUACUUCACCAACAGUGCGCUCAAUAUCUUCGCCCGCGUGCCUGUCAGCAAGGAUGGACAGACAUUCGGUAGUAUUGAGGUCAUUGCGAGCCUUGAGCGCGAGGCUGAUGAUACGCUGUCGGAUUGGGAUGAUUUUGCUAUUGAUGCCAAUGGCGAUGUGUAUCUUGCGCUGCCGCCCAAUUCCAUUAGCAAGAUCGCGCCAGAUGGGACGCAGAGUGUUGUUGCUGGCGGUGGUGAUAGCUUGGCUUUUAUUGGACCUACCUCUGUGCAGAUUGCCCAGGGCGGGAAAGUGGCUUAUGUUACUACUCGAGGAGGUAGUGAGAGCGGUGUCGCCUAUGGUGGACAAGUUGUUGCUCUGAAGCUUCGUGAGUAG